AUGGACCAUAUCUUGUCAACGGACGAGGUCGACAGAUACGGGACUUGCAUCCCAGAGAUACCGUGGCUAGGAUACGACCACAGGCCCUCCCAGGCCUUCUUUGACUUUGACGACUAUGCACUGCAACGCGGUUGGUCGCAAAAGAGUCUGCUAGAUCUCAAGGAAGGGAGACUCAAAGAGUUAGACCAGGACUCCGUGAAGCCCUUCUUGCAGAGCUGGUUUAGUAUUGGACUCUGCGAAGCGGUGCUGGGUAGGGGCCUUGAGAAGGACAGCUUCAUCGCCUUGAAAGGGCCCAGCACCCUCUUCACUAGCGCACCAUUGAGACAGUUUGCAGCAGAUUUGGAGGCCAAGUUCAUGGAUAGGUCCGGUGAUGAUUCCGACAAGGAAAUUCUUGAGCGCUUUAUUCGUAUAUUGGGAGCUGCAUGCCUUUGGAACCACAAGCUCGCCAACCUAGAACUACUUAACAAAGAGAACUCGGACUUCUGCGACAAGACCUACCAUUCGAUUAUGAGAAUGUUCAAUCUCCUUGGGUUAUUUCUGCAGGGCACUGGUGCGUAUCUCGCAAUGUAUUUGCCUGCUGACAGUGUUGUUAUUGGGAGAUACAGGAGCCGGCUCGAGAUGCACUGGUGGUGCACUAAUGCUACACAGGAUGGUCAAGCCGAACGUAUGGCGCAGCGGGGCUGGUGUCCGUAUGUUCGCACAAUGUUGGGUCCGUUCACCCACCUUGUAAAUGAAUAUGCGGCCAUAAUAGGACCGCCGGAGACGCAUAUGGAUCACCGGUCAUGCUCACCUAUCGAAUGCAUCAGACAUAACAUCGACGAGAGCACCUACAAAACAUUGCAUACCACGCCAGACUGUGAAUGUCAGUUCGUCAAGCCGAGACUUGAUCGCCUUGCGGACAUACUCGAUAGUGGCCAGAUCCCAUUGAUGGAUCUCAACAAGAUUGCUGUGGGCGACACAGGCAAGGUUGUCAAUGUCAUAGCAUUCAACUCAAAAAAGCCCGCCUCCGAGAAGCCUGCCUUCAACGCCAUUUCUCAUGUUUGGUCUGGUGGAUUGGGCAGUGUUUCUGAGGAGGGACUUCCAGAGUGCAUGAUCGAACUCCUUGGCGGGUACAUGGAAUCCAAUGCUGGAUCGAAACUCGUUUGGAUUGACUCCUUGUGUAUCCCGCGGGACAAAAGAUUGAGAAAAUUGUCCAUCGAAAGCAUUAGCACAGUGUACAGGGAAGCAUCCGCGACGCUAGUUCUGGACCCAGAGCUAAUGCGUACGUCCUCAUCAACGACUAGGCAGAUGCUCAUGUGGAUAACAUCAGCAGCCUGGAUGCAGCGAAUGUGGACAUUGUCUGAAGGUCGCCUGUCGCGAUCACCAUAUAUCGUCUUCAAAAAUGCUGUCAUAUUGCUGGACGAAAUCUUAGAGGAUGCCCGCGAGGAUUACAAGAAUCCUAUUGUGGACGAUCUGAUGAACACGUUGUUCGGUAUUUUCUUGCGUCAAGGGAUUAGUCUUCGGUUGAUCCACCAGUCGUUAUGCUACCGUACGACCAGCAAGCGAGAGGACGAAGCCCCGGCUCUUGCAACACUUUUUGGGAUUGACACCGGUCCGAUCUUGGAUGCAAAGUCUCUGGAUGAGCGGAUGGCGAUGUUUUGGAAGUCUCUCAGCACGAAGAUCUCCUUGCCGAUGAAUAUCAUCUUCCUGCGUGUUCCAAAAUUGUCAAUCCCAGGCCUCCGUUGGGCACCGAGCACUUUGCUGAACGCCGGAUACCAAGACAGCCUGUUGCAACCGGCUGAAGGAGAAACACGCUAUGACGUCCAGUUGAGCGAUACUGGCACCCUAACGGGACGGUACGUUGUCAUUAGGUUGACCAAGAGAGCCACCCUAACUUACAACACGAUCAUUCCAAUCGAGCUUGCAAUGGAUCCAGACCCAGGUACCACUGACAUGCCACUUGGAUCGUUCACAAUCACAUCAUACAAGGAGGAAUUGACUCCAUUGCAACUGUCUCCGAACAGUCUCAAUGGUAUUGACGCAUUCGCGGUCAGCGUGACAAAGUUUGGGACAACGUCUGCGCGACCACUCGCGAAUGAACUAGCAGGAGGCGUCUAUAGCGUCGUAGCAUUGACAUUGGACGAUGACACGGAAGAACAGAGUUCCGACCUCCCGGCGAGUCACAAGUUUAUUGCUAGAGACACCUCGCAACGCCGGAUAGGCGAGGCCGACCGCAAAGCUAUCCCAAACGUCCCAGAGGAGGCUUCGCUGGUCGAGGUUGACCACAAACCUGAAUCGUCCAUCGAGACGUACCAUCCUGACCAUCAACCCGAUUACAAUGCGACCAUAGACCACGGCACAUCAACGUAUUCUCCCGUGCCCAAGCGAGUCAUGAACGGCAGCGAACCCACCGAGACGACCCCAGCAGCCGUCCUGUCUGGAGCUCCGAUCGAUCUGCAAGCUCGAACAGUCAGAAUUUCCAAGCCUGUCAAACCCGCUACACAGUCCGGCACCUGGGGCAGCCACGCCUGGCGUAUGGACUGGGAUGUGCUUGCUAAGGGUCACCGGUGGGAGAAUCCACUGAUGGGAUGGCAAUCAUCUGGAGAUUUUAUGCAGGGCACAAACAUCAAAUUCAAGUCGAAAGAAGACGCAAUCGCCUUCGCUGAAAAGCAAGGCUACGAGUGGUACGUUCAAGAGCCGAACGAGCGACGAGUCGUACCGAAAGCAUACGCGAACAACUUCCUACACGAGCCGGGCCCAUUGAAGCACAUCAAGACCAAAUAA